AUGAUGAUGAGCUGCAGGAUCAUGGAGCGAGGGCGUGUGGCAGAGAGUCAAGUGCUGGAAGCACGUCUCGAGCAGGCCAACCUUCUCAAGAAGGUGGUCGAUGCCAUCAAAGAUCUCGUCCAAGACUGCAAUUUCGACUGCAAUGACUCCGGAAUCGCUCUCCAAGCCAUGGACAACUCGCACGUCGCCCUCGUGUCCAUGAUGCUCAAGUCCGAAUCUUUCUCUCCCUUCCGCUGCGAUCGCAACAUUGCCCUCGGUAUCAACCUCACUUCUCUCACCAAAGUCCUGCGAUGCGCACAAGGAGAGGACAUCUUGACCAUGAAGGCCGAGGAUGCGCCAGAUGUCGUCAACUUCACAUUUGAAAGCUCAGAGAGCGACAGAAUCAGUGAAUAUGACAUCAAGUUGAUGGACAUUGAUCAAGAGCACUUGGGAAUUCCAGAUACUGAGUAUGCUGCGACCAUCACCAUGCCAAGUGCUGAGUUCCAGCGCAUCACCAGAGAUCUUUCUGCAUUGUCGGAGUCAGUGUCCAUUGAGUGCACAAAGGAUGGUGUAGGCUUCAAAUGCGCAGGAGACAUUGGCAACGGCUCUGUUACACUGCGCUCGCACACAAACGUCGAGAAGCCUGAGCAGAACAUUGAGAUCAACCUCUCUGAGCCUGUCGCGCUUACUUUCUCACUCAAGUACCUCAUGAACUUUUGCAAGGCUAGUGGCCUUUCUCCACAGGUCAAGCUGUGCUUGAGCAACGAAGUGCCGCUGCUUGUAGAGUACGGUCUCAGCAACAACAGCUACCUGAGGUUCUACCUCGCACCGAAGAUUGGGGACGAGGAGUAA